CCCGCUCCCGCCUCCCCGGCAGGUUCUGAGAUGAUCGAGACCCAGGAGGACAUUUACGUGGGCUCCAUCGAGACGGACCGGGGGGUGCGGGAGCAGGUGCGGUUCUACGACACGCGGGGGCUGCGGGACGGGCUGGAGCUGCCCAAGCAUUGCUUCUCCUGCACCGACGGCUACGUGCUGGUCUACAGCACCGACAGCAAGGAGUCCUUCAAGCGGGUGGAGCUCCUCAAGAAAGAGAUCGACAAGUCCAAAGACAAAAAAGAGGUCACCAUCGUGGUUCUGGGCAACAAGUGUGACCUGCAGGAGCAGCGCCGGGUGGACCACGACGCAGCCCAGCACUGGGCCAAGGGCGAGAAGGUGAAGCUGUGGGAGGUGUCGGUAGCCGACCGGCACACGCUCAUCGAGCCCUUUAUCUACCUGGCCAGUAAGAUGACGCAGCCACAAAGCAAGUCUGCUUUUCCCCUGAGUCGCAAGAACAAGGGCAGUGGAUCCAUGGAUGGCUGAGCCUUGUUUUCCCUUCCCUUCCAUUGCCACCUCCUCUCCCUCACCUCCUUGCUUCCCUUGCACAAACCUCCUGCUGAGCCUCUUUGGCGUCACGGAGCCUGCGGGAAGCGUGGUGGCACGAGGAUGGGGCAUCCCAGGGCUGGGGAUGGGCUUAGAGGGCGAGAGAGGUGACCCAUCUCCCUGCACUGGGACAGGGACCGCUCUGUUCGGUGCCCAGCCCCUGCAGAUGCUGGAGGUGCUGCUGGAAAGCCGGGCUUCAUGGAGCAGUGUCCCUCUGCUCCCCGGGCACAGGCUGGCAGACUCCAGGGCCACAGGAGGGAGGCAGAGCCCCAGGGGUGGCCACCAGGUGGGGACCAGCUCCUGAGGAAACCAUUCCCUCGCUCUGGAGGGUUUGUAUUUACUGUUUCCAUGUGGGAAGAGCCCGUUUGCUGGCCCUGCCUCCAGCCCAGGAGGCUCCCUUGUCCUGCCCCAGCCGGCCCUGCGGUGCUGCUGCCUUCUCCAGCAGAGCCUCCCUUACCGGGCACUGCUUGCUGCUCCUUUUUGAGCAGAAAUAGUCAUCCUGCACCAGGGACUGCACAGCACAGAGCUGGGCAAGAUGCUGUUACUGAGGGCAGGGUGUCCCCAGCCAUCCUGCCACUGCCUCCUCUUCUCAAGUACAGACUUGGCCGUGCCCUUGGGGAGGCCAGGACUGUCCUUACCCCACACACCCCUGGGGCUGGGGCAGCUCUCGCUGCCCGUCUCACACAGUGCUGCCUCUCCUCUUGGAACCACCACGAGACAAGGGGAAGGUCUCCUGGUCCUGCCCAGCAGCACGUGUCCCCCUUCAGCUAGUCUGGAUCUGGGAAAAAAAAAAAACAUUACGAGAAAGCCCUGGCUUGUUUAUACUUGUUCCUUUUAUUUACCGAGUAACACAAUAAAGCGAUGAGAUUCGAUUAUCAAAA